CCGGCUGGAGCGGGCGCAAAGCGAGCGGCGGGGCAAAAAUGAAGGAGGAAGUUUCCGGCUGCAGCCGCAGAAGUUUUGUGGGACUCGCCUAGGCCUCCCAUUCCCUCUCCUAGUCGCUGUGCAGCGUGGUGAAGGAAGAUGGCAGGGCAGUGAUCUCUCUCCAAAUGCCUCCUCUUACCUUCUCAGGCUCAUGGCGGGAAGCCCAGCCCCGCAGAGAUCGGUUAAUCAGGUGAGAGAAGACAGCCGGCGGAUUCUGGAGGCGUUCCUGCAAGAAGUACUGAGCCCUAAAGACGCAGGACCGCCGGGUCACGUGGGCCGCACCUACCAUGACCCUCAAAGAUACAUACACAGGUCCCCAACUGAACAUAGCCCACACUGUCCGGCCUGGACCAGCGUCCACGACGCCAUUAACCAGGUGGAAGAAAAGAAGCAUGGCUUCCGUACCAGUAUCAAGAAGCUGUUGCGGCGGAAGGCUAGUCCCCGGACUCCCACAGAUGGCCCCCCGCCCUCCAAGGAUUCCUUAAAGCGAUCCAAGUCUGGAGUGGAGGGAGCCCUCCAGAAGCACACCUUCUCCUUCAAGAGCCUUCUGCGGAAGAAGGGCGCUUCCUCAGGGGAGAUGGAGAGCUGCCCCGCCGAGCCCUGUCUGCGCCCCGACUCCUUGUCUCUUACCCCCUGCUACUGUGAGCAGCUUCAAACUGGCCCGCCAGAGCCCCAGGCAGCCAACUAUGAGGCGGAGGAGCCGGAGUUUUACACACGUGUGGCCCAGAAACUGGACCUCUUGGUCAAGCAGCAGCAGCUGAUCAGCCCUUCAACUGGAAAAGACUGGCCUUCCCCCGCGGACCGGUUCCACCCUCCUGCCACAAGUGCUGCAUCUGGCACUUCAGACACUCUGAACGAGAAACAGAAAGAGCAAGUGCUGCAGAAACUGAUCGCGCUCCUGGAAGAACAGGCCGGGAUCAUCAACAAGGAGAUCGAAGCGGACCCGCUCCUCCGGAACACCAUCUCCCCGGGCCACUAUAGCAGCUUCUCACAAGUGUCAGAGGUCUUCACCUCCCGCGACUCUCCCGGCAUCCCUUGCCCACAGUUGGCUGCUGGCCUCACCAUGGAGCUGACCCGAAAAGUGGCCGGCAUCAACAGCCACGCCGUGCACACCCUCAUGGGCUACAGCCUACAAUACAUGGAUAUGUUUGUGCCGUGGCUGCAGCAGCAAGGUGGCUGGGAGAACAUCGUGGCUCAGGAUGAGAUUUUUGACCUGCCAAUUGAUUAACCCUCAAAAAGGAGGAUUGGGGUGGGACAUCCAUGCCCCCAAUCCCACUGUCAGCACCAGGAAAUGCCAAUGUUUUUUCUAGGACCUCAGGACCUGUGGGAGGGUAUGCACUUGGCACUUGGUCUGUGAAAAAUAACCCUGGGGCAGAGGCGGAGUACUCACGGUGACAUGUGGGGUCACAGAGAAUCGCCCCCCACACCCUUCUCCUCUGGCUGUCCCGCCAGGCUACUCCUUCAGCAGGCGGAAGCUCCACAGGCUGAAAGAGCAGCCUGGCGGGACCGGGCUGAGUGGCAGCCCACGGCAGGCUCCUGACAGCUAAGGUAAGGGGGGCGGGAGGGGAGGGUACACCCAGAGAAGGUGCUGCCCUGGGCACCAUUCUCUCCCCCCCCCCCCACGCCUCUGCCCCUGGGGGUAUCCUUUUUAGUGUUUCAGAAAAGUCCUCUUAUUUCUCUCCCCACCGGGAAUUGUGCCAAAGAGAUUUCCUAACACUGACUGGUUUGGGGUUUUUUUGACACUUGUGGGGCUAAAGGGCUAAAUCUUGGGAUCUGGAAUUCUACACUAAUAGAUGAGGAAUGGACCAUCCCUUCAUUGAUUUCAGUAUGUUAAGGGGGUAACUGUUUAGGAAUACAUUAGCAAAAAUUCACAGGUGUGCAACGUAAGGAAUGCCAGCCAGAGAAGCCCGUCGCACACGGGCGUAGGCUCAAAAAGCGUAACACAAAUUUCUCAUAUAUAGUUCUCUAUAUUGUAGAGAUGCUGAUAUUUCGUCAUAUAACAUCAAAUAAGAGAAUUUAUCACCACAUUUCAUAACCAAGGUAAAAAUCAAAGUACUUCCACUUUCCAGAUGUCUUUUAUAAAGUAUUGUAAUAAAUACUUUCACUUCUUCAAAAAUGUCUAUUUUAACGUAGUAUGAUAGUACUUUCUUUUCCCAAGUUAUAUGAUGAAAUAUGAGCAUCUCUACAAUAUAGAGAACUAUAUAUGAGAAAUUUGUGUCACACUUUUUGAGCCUACGCCCGUGUGCGACGCGCUUCUCUGGCUAGGAAUAUAUUAGCCCAUCCACCGCCAAUUUUAAGCCAUUUGACUACUUUUGCACUGAUGGUGAGAUUUAUUUUGUUGUGCAUCUGUUUGUUUAGCUUUAAAAGCUGUGUUUUUUUAGCUCGUCUUUCUCUGGGGGAAGGAGAUCUGUGACUCUUGGAAAACGGAGUCAGCAGUAUACAAACACCAAGAAAGGAGCUGACGUGAUUUUAAGAAAUCAAUUGUUUCUUUUUAACCAAUGGUUUAGAAGUACUUUUUAAAAAAAAUCUGCAGUGAUGAGAAGUAGCAGUUUGGUUGUGUUUUUAAAAUGAAAUGAUUUGCUGUGAAUUAUGGGAUUCCACAGGAGGGACAUAGCCCUCUCCUCGCUCUGUCAAACCAUUAUGUGUUUCUUAUACCUGAGAACACAAGUGAGAAUGCGGUGUGAUUCUAUGUGUAUUUACUCAAGAGGAAGUGUAAUGGGGCUUGAUGUAGAGCAGGGGUGUCAAACUCGCGGCCCUCCAGAUGUUCAUGAACUACAAUUCCCAUCAAUUCCCAUGAGUAUUGGCUAUACUGGCAAGGG